AUGACGAUGGUUGACGCUGCCGGCACUCGCCCUGGGAGCGAUCCGAGUGGCGCCGCUGCUCUCAACAACAAGACACACUUGUGGCUUCAAUCCGAUCUUGCAGACGCAAAGCAACGGCUUGAGCACGGCGAGCUCGCCACCGCCUUUGAAUCCCUGCAGCAUGCGGCCGAGUCAGCGCUCACUGACACCGAGUGGACCGUGCUCAACAAGACUCUGGUACCAGCCUCUGGGGACAUGCGCGACUACGUGAGCAUCGCGAUUUACAACUGGCCGUGCAACGCAACACCUUCAGGUUGUAAGCCAUACCCCGGCAGCCACUGGCCCAAAUGCAACAACAAGACGGGACUGCCUUGGCGUGCUUGCGAUGGCAUCGUCGACAAGCAUGCUGUCAAUGCCGGUGAUUCACCGCAUGCUUCCAAGACCCGGUCCAACGCCAUCAGCCUUGCCCUCAUCUUUGCCCUCACAGGUAACGCGACCUACGCGGACAAGGCGUGCCGUGUCCUCGAUAAGUGGUUUCUCGACGCCAGGACGGCUAUGAACCCAAACCUCGCAUACGGCCAAGGGACCCCAGGCAUCAACAAUGGAUCCCAUGGCAGCAUGAUCGAGUGGACGUCGCUUGCCGAGACAAUCGAUGCUGCGGUCUUACUUCAGAGCGCAGAUUGUUGGCUGCAGUCCACCCUCGCUGCCAAGUUCCAGGCGUGGCUGUCUGCACUGCUGGACUUCAUCUGGAUCACCGGCGCACAUGAGAUGGACGGCGAGCGAUACAUGAAGAACAAUCACGGCACGUGGUAUGACAGCACAGUGCUGUCAUUGGCACUUGGCGCAAUGAACAAGAACGUUGGGUUGCAGAUUGCAGGCAACGUGUCCAGUUUGCGGAUUGCGCACCAGAUUGAGCCGAGCGGGCGCAUGCCAGAGGAAACGGGACGCAACAACGGCGCCAGCUAUUCCAUCUACAACAUGCAGGCGUUCACCAACGUCGCCGCACUGGCAGACUGGUUUGGCUACAAGUUUUGGUCGUACGAAACACACGACGGACGCUCCAUCCGGAAAGCGCUCGACUUUCUCAUUCCGUUUGCGCUGUAUGAAGCACCGUGGCCGUUCAGCCAGGCCACAGAGGCCCUCAACUUCAACGGGCUCGUUGGGCCGCUUCGCCACGCCUCCAUCGCUCUCAACAACAGAACUUAUGAGGUGGUGGCGUGCCGCAUCUUCAAUGACACACGCGCGUACGCCGAUCAGCAAAUCAACCUGUUGAAGCCGCCGCUGUUCAACGUGACCCAGGACGAGUGCACACCGCUUCCGCCUGUGCCGCGGUCAUGGUUGCAGGCGCACCUCCCACUGCCGUUCUUCAUGCGUGGCAGCUGAUGGCAUGCUCUGAUGCCCACACAACAGCAUACGGACGUGACGCGCUCGACUUGGAGGCGCUGAGACAUUUGUUACUUUGCUGUCUUACGCCUGACGUUGUGAAGCAUGCAACGAGACUGAUUUUGUGAUUGCGCCACCCUGAGCAUGCGUGCAUGUGUACGUGUCUCUUUCGUUCCCCGCAUGCGCACGAUGUGCCAUUGUCAAACCGCCUCCUGUCAUGUUUUGCAGCUCAUUAAAGCUCCACCAAGCGUGGCUGUUGUGAAACCUCCAACAGGCAAACGCAAGAUUGCACCUCUUGUCUCUCGUCACCACCGCUCACAUGUCAAGUUCGCAACAGAACGCGG